CCGCCGCGCGCCGGCCCUGCGACCCCUCCGGUCCCAGCGGAGCGCGUCCCCCUUAAGGAGAUAGAAGCCUGCGGUUCCGGGGCGAGCGCGGGAGGGACGCUUGGGUGUCCCGAGGGCACCGUUCGGGCGAGGAGGGUCCCGCAGGUGCCGCUGACCCAUGCGGGGUGGGUUGGGGGUGGACGCUCGCCCUGACACGGUGGUUACUGAACAUGCUUGGGACGGGGUCCGAUCGCUGGCUCCCCGCGCGGGGGAACCGAAGCCCGAGGGCCCCCAGAGAGCCCAUGGAGAAGUACCAGGUUUUGUAUGAACUGAAUCCUGGGGCCUUGGGGGUGAACCUGGUGGUAGAGGAAGUGGAAACCAAAGUCAAGCGCGUGAUAAAGCAGGUGGAAUGCCUGGAUGAUCACGAUGCCAAUAAGGCCCUGCAGGAGCUGAUGCCACUGCUAAAGCUGCGGCACGCCCACAUCUCCCUGUACCAGGAGCUGUUCGUCACGUGGAAUAGUGAGAUCUCCUCUCCAUUCCUGUGCCUGGUGAUGGAGUUCAACAAGGUCACCUUCCAGGAAGUCAUUACAGAUAAGAGGGAGGCAAAGGAAAUCAUUGACGCUGAGUGGUUGCAGAAUGUGCUGGGCCAGGUGCUGGACGCGCUGGAAUACCUGCACCAUUUGGACAUCAUCCACAGGAACCUCAAACCCUCCAACAUCCUCCUCGUCAGCAGUGACCGUUGCAAAUUGCAGGAUCUGAGCUCCAACACGCUAAUGACGAACAAAGCCAAGUGGAAUAUCCGUGCGGAGGAAGAUCCCUUUCAUAAGUCCUGGAUGGCCCCCGAAGCCCUCAGCUUCUCCUUCAGCCAGAAAUCAGACAUCUGGUCCCUGGGCUGCAUUGUUCUGGACAUGACCAGCUGCUCCUUCAUGGAUGGCACAGAAGCCAUGCAUCUUCGGAAGUCCCUCCGCCAGAGCCCGGGCAGCCUGAAGGGCAUCCUGAAGACAAUGGAGGAGAAGCAAAUCCCAGACGCGGAAACCUUCCAGAACCUUCUGCCCUUGAUGCUCCAGAUCAACCCCUCGGAUCGAAUAACGAUAAAGGACGUGGUGCACAUGACCUUCGUGAGCGGCUCCUUCAAGUCCUCAUGCAUCUCGCUGACCCUGCACCGACAGCUGCUGCCUGUGUCCAUCACCGACAUGCUCUUAGCAGGCAACGUGGCCAGCAUUUUAGAGGUCAUGCAGAACUUCUCUAGCUGGCCCGAAGUCCAGCUCAGGGCCAUGAAGAGGUUUCUGAAAAUGCCUGCAGACCAGCUAGGUCUGCCAUGGCCCCCGGAGCUGGUGGAGGUGGUGCUCACAACCAUGGAGCUGCACGACAGGGUCCUCGACAUCCAGCUCUGCGCCUGCUCCCUGCUGCUGCACCUCCUGGGUCAAGCGCUGGUGCUUGACCCGGAAGCUAAGGUUCCCUGCAACCAAGCCCUCACCUCCACCCUGCUGCGAUGUCUUCGGAGCCACCCUGAGGAGGAGCAGCUUCUGGUCAUGGUCUACAGCCUGCUGACCAUCACCACAGCCCAGGGUGCGUCUUCGGUGUCAGAGAAGCUGCAGAGCGCCGGGCUGCUGGAUCACAUCCUAGAGCACCUGCACAGCUCCCUCCAAAGCAGGGACGUCUGCGUCAGUGGCCUGGGCCUGCUCUGGGCCCUCCUGCUGGACGCUGUCAUUGUGAACAAGGGUCCCUUGGAGGAGGUCCCGGACCUCAUCAGCCAGGUGUUGGCCACCUACCCUGCGGAUGUGGAAAUGGCGGAAGCCAGCUGUGCAGUCUUCUGGCUGCUGUCCCUGCUGGGCUGCAUAAAGGAACAGCACUUUGAACUAGUGGUGGCGCUGCUCCUGCAGAGCAUCCGGCUGUGCCAGGACAGAGUCCUGCUGGUGAACAGUGCCUACAGGGGACUGGCCAGCCUGGUGAAGGUGUCAGAGCUGGCGGCCUUCAAGGUGGUGCUGCAGGAGGAGGGUAGCAGUGGCCUCAGCCUCAUCAAGGAGACCUACCAGCUCCACAGGGACGACCCAGAGGUGGUGGAGAACGUGGGCAUGCUGCUGGUCCACCUGGCUUCCUACGAGGAGAUUCUGCCGGAGCUAGUGUCCAGUGGCAUGAAGGCCCUGGUCCAGGAGAUUAAGGAGCGCUUCAUGUCCAGCCAGGUGAGUGACACCAGCGCCUUUAGCAAACCAGGCCUCCCUCCAGGUGGAAGCCCCCAGCUGGGGUGCACCACAUCUGGGGGCCUGGAAUAG